AAGCUCUCAGCAGUCCUGGCAGAAGAAGCGUGGGGACAGGACAGCAGCAGGGCAGAGGGACAGGCACGGAGGACGGAGGUCCCCACCUGGUCAAAAUGCCCAUCCUGAAGAGUCUAGGGAUGGCAGACCCUAAGGUGCCCCGGGCAGGGACCCUACCCCUGAGGUCCUCUCGGAAUCCCUUUGAAGAAGUUUCAGGGCUAGAAGAAGAAGAGACUGGAGAGUUGGGGACCCUGCCCAACGGGACAUCUUGCCGCCGCCGCGCCACCCUGGAGAAGCUGGCAGGCCUGGCCCCCUUCCGUCUGGGCUGGGCUCCAGGCCGGCGAGCAGGCAGCCCUGGGGAUGGGCAGCCCCGCUCCUUCCUGGGCCGCAUGCUGCCACCAGGGAUACGCAGGAGCUCAGCAGAUUUUGGCCUCCUGUCCCGGCUUCAGGGGACCCGAGCCCAUGGUGCUGAGGAGGUGGCCAGGGAGGCAGCCCAGAGACUGGCCUUCCUGAGACUGGGGCGUGGGCCCAAGCCCCGGCGUGCGUCCUUGGCUGAGAGAGUGGUGCCUGCAGGUGAGGCAGCUCCUGAACCCCCACCCAAGGUCCCAGAGCCUCCCAAAAUGAAGGAGCCCUUGUCAGUGCUGGAGAUCCUGAGCUUGAUCCAGCAGCGCGAACUCGCGCGAGCGGACGAGCACAUCCUGGAGCUGGAGGCCGAGGAGCUGGCGUCGUCGGGGGGCGCACCGGGGCCGCCCAAGGCCGAGGGCGCGGGCGGAGGCCGCCGGGCACGGGACGUGGCGCUGCUGUACGAGGCCCUGCAGCGUGAGCUGUGGGCUCUGGUGCGAGAGACGCUGGCGGGCCCCGGACCCGGCGCGGGCGCAGGGGCGGGUGCCGUGGCGCAGCUGGGCCAGGUGCUGGUGCAGGAGGAGGCGGCCGAUGGGCGCCGGGGCCCCGGGGCGGCCCGCAAGCUCCGCUCCCGCUGGGCCGAGGCAGUGGCGCGCGCGGCGCGGGAGCGCCUGGAGGCUGCGGCUCCCGGGGCCUCCGGGGGCCUGGCGGGGCAGCUGGAGGCGCUGCGAGCGCGGCUGCUGGAGGACAUGGCCGUGGUGCGGGGCCGCCUGGCGCCCGCCUAUCCCGCUGGCCUGGGCGCCUUUGGCGUCUACCUACGCGGCUACCACGGCGCCCUGGCCGAGUGGCUGGGGGCCUCCGCCCGCCGCAGGCUGCCGCUGACCGACCGCUACGCGCUGCUGCACUGGCACAACCAGGUGUACCCCAGAGAGGUCCUAGGGCUGGUGGACAUGGUUGCCCUGGAGAACGGGGAGCUGGGGCCCCUUCUGUCCCCUGGCACCCUGCGGGGUUUGGAGGAUGAAUGUGUCACAGAUGUUAAGGCUCAGACCCGGGCAGCCCUUCUUCGAGUGCUGCAGGACGAUGAGGAGCACUGGGGGAGCUCAGAGGAACAGCCCAGCAGCCUGGCCCAGGAUGUGUGUGAGCUGCUGGAGGAGCACACAGAGCGAGCACCACGCAUCAGCCAGGAGUUUUGGGAACGGAUGGCCCACUGCUGCCUGGGGGGGCUGGCAGAGUUUCUACAGAGCUUCCAGCAGCGGGUGGAGCGAUUCCACGAGAACCCAGGAGUUCGGGAGCUGCCACCUGACACCUACAUCAGCAGGACCAUCACACUAGUCAACUGUGGGCCCCCCCUGAGGGCUCUGGCUGAGCGCCUGGCCAGGGUGGGGACCCCUGAAAGUGAGCCAGCCCGAGAAGCUUCAGCUAGUGCCCUGGACCACGUGACCCGGCUGUGCCACCGUGUCCUGACUGACCUCCUGUUCCAGGAGCUACAGCCCCACUUCAACAAGCUGAUGCGUCGGAAGUGGCUGAGCAGCCCGGAGGCACUGGACGGCAUUGUGGGCACGCUGGGCGCUCAGGCCCUGGCCUUGCGCCGGAUGCAGGACGAGCCUUACCAGGCGCUGGUGGCCGAGCUGCACCGGCGGGCGCUGGUGGAGUACGUGCGGCCCCUGCUCCGCGGGCGCCUGCGCUGCAGGUCGGCGCGGACCCGCAGCCGUGUGGCCGGGAGGCUCCGGGAAGACGCGGCGCAGCUGCAGAGGCUAUUCCGGCGCCUGGAGUCCCAGGCCUCAUGGCUGGACGCUGUGGUGCCCCAUUUGGCAGAAGUCUUGCAGCUGGAAGACACGCCCAGUAUCCAGGUGGAGGUGGGGGUGCUGGUGCGCGACUACCCAGACAUCAGGGUACUCUCUUCAGAGGAUUAUUAGAGAACUCGUCAUCAUCAUCAUCAUCCACCACCGAUAACAAUACCAGUUCUUGCUCCUUGAGUUAUUUCAAACCUAAAUAAGCAUCUUACAUGUGCACUGUAUAAGUAAGAGAUAUAAUUAAGGUCAUUUUAGAAAAUAGACGCAAGUCACUGAUCUGAAGCAUGCAGAAAUUAAAUAGCUCCUCUCAGUGUCACAGCAAGCUAGUUGCAAAGUUGGGACUUAAACCCAGGCAGCAAAGUGGCUUCAAAGCCAGAGCACCAGACCAGCACACCACACCACCAUCUGGGAGUGCUGGGUGGUGGCAGUGACAGCAGCAACCCUAGUUUGCUGUUGGGGCAGGCUGAUAUUCUAUACUCUCAGAGCUACAAAACAUCACGGAAACAAGGACUGAGGCAUGAGGUUUGUGUUCCAGGAUCAAGGCUGGGGGUUCUAGAACUCAUUCAGGAUAAUCAGUUCUGGUUCUGGGGAAUGGGGUCAUGUUCUUAGAAAGGUACAGAGCCCUGGAGUCCCAAGAGGUCCCAGUAAUCCUGCUGGGUUGGAGUCCUUGAACUUGAGUCUCAAAUUUCAGAUCUGAACUUGAAUCUGAAGCUAAGUUUGAGGUUCUCUAGCUGGGCUGGGAGGAGUGAUUUAAAAGCUGAGUUUGGAGACCCUCAAGGUUCUUGAGCCAUGUUUUGGGUGAGUAUUUUGGAGCUGUGGGGAUUCUAAACCUGGCGUGUGGGAAGAUGAAGACCCUGAACAUGGUAGGAAGACCCCAGAGCUCUGUUUGAAAUGAAUACUCUUGAAAUGAAACGUCAGGCUCAGGAUCUUGAAUUGAAAUAUGGUGCUGGUUCUGGAGUUGAGUUUUGGAUCCACGAUCUGGAGCUGAGGUGGGGGUGAAGGAAAGGUCCUAAUGCGUUGGAUUUAGGGGCAAAGGUUAUAGAAUAAAGCUGGUUUGGGGCAUGAAGUUUCUGGUUGGAGGGAAGGUCCCUAAGGUGAGUUUAGUCCGGGAGUGGAAUUUUGGUGGAGCACCAAAAUGGAAGAGGACAAAGUGAGUGUUCCAAGAUCAAAUUUGAGGAUGAAAGUUCUGCAGUGAGUUCUAGGUUGAGAAGUUUUGGGUUGAACUGUGGGUGAGGGUUCCAGAACUGCAAUGGCAGACCCUGGGAUGAGGUAAGAGUUAGGGUGGAAAUGUGGGUGAACACUUCUGGGUGAAUUGAGUGAUGCCUGUGGGGCUGUUUGAAAUGAAAGUGAGGAUGAAAUUAAGGAUUUGCUGUAGAGCCCAGAGCUUAAAUGGCCAUGAGGGCACCAGGAUGCAAGUUUAGGAGUCAUCCAGGCUAAGAUGGGAGUGAAGAUUGAAGGUUAAUAAGGAGCUGAGGCUUGGGAUGAAAAGAACGAUUUCAGGGUUGGGUUUGGAGAUGAGCAUUCUGGAACUGAUUGUAUUAAUGGCAGGAGGAUUUGGAAAUGGCUGAAGCGAAGUUUUAGAAGGGAGCUGGCAUGAGGUGAGGGCCUGAGAGGGGGAUCUGAUUCCAGGGAAGGAUCUGGAUGGCAUAAAGGGAUUCCGGAGCUGAAGCAGGGGAGGGCAGGGGUCAGGUGGAGUCAGGUGGGGUUCAUGCAUGGGCUGGGUAUGCAUCUGAAGUCAAGGACCCCCAUGCCCCUGUCUAUUCCUCCACCCCCAGGCGCAAGCAUGUGGCAGCCCUCCUCGAUGUCCGUGGCCUACGAAACACAGCUGCCCGCCAGGAGAUCCUGGCCGUGGCCCGGGACCUGGAACUCUCUGAGGGGGGAGCCUUGUCACCCCCUAGGGACCAUGCCUUCUUCGC